GCGUCGACAGUUGCAGCAGAUUAUUGUGGGUGCUUCCACCAUUCGACGAACCUUGUGCGACAGUGGAAUCUAACCAAGCCAGCGCCAGAGUGAUUCAUUAUUCAGUUUGGAGCGUGGAGUCGAGGUGGGAACUCCGUUCAAGCGCUCGCAGUGUUAUCGCAUCGCGAUUUGUCGGCAUUUACGCCAAAAGUGGAACGAUUCGCGAGUUUACGGUUUGCCGUUUUUUUGCUGUCUAGAAAUCGCGACAUUUGUUUCCUUCUAUAUCGGCAUAGCCGUGUGCUGUUUGUGUUGAAAGUUUCUAAGCCGCGUUUGGCAGUGUGUUUGUGCAGAACUGGUGGUGAGCCAGCCGAUUGGUAUUCUUGAGAAGGUCGUUCUCUUUCCGAUAACGUAGGUUUUAAUAACAAUAAUAGCUCGCCGAAUGGAUCAUUCUCGGUGACUUCCUGCAGCUUCUUGUGUAACGUGGUGCUUGCAAACAUCUGCCGUGUGUAUUGGGUUACGUUUUUGCGUUGGAGUUGGUCUAUACGUUCUCUUCGUCUUGUGUGGAUAUCAAUAUUCUUCGCGUGGGACUACCGACUGGAGUUACAAUGCGAGAAAAAAAGAGUGGCGCUUUAUCACGAAUGCAGAAGAUCCGGAAGAGGUUAUCACAUUCCUUUGGCAGAUUAUCGAUUUCGAAGGAAGAAUCAGAAGAACAUAAUCAUGCCAAACUUCCUUAUAAUGGAUACAGUGAAGAGUUCCUAGAUCGCCUUGAACCAAAUGGCAAUAUUCCUGCGGGAAAAGGUGAUAUUAGAUACGAAUGGAAUAGCGUGAAUCAUGACCGAGUGAAAAGACAGCUAUCCGUAUCGUCCGAUAGUAAACUAUUAGAUGAUGACAUUAGGGAAGAAACAAAAGUGAUACUCCGACCGAAGAAACCGCCCAGGCCGAAGUCCGAGGUGCUGCUCAAUGAACAGGGCUUAGAGCAUCGGAGGACGAAACGGUUUUCCGCCUUUGGGGGGGAUUCACCUUUCGGUAAAACAGAAGCCUAUAUUAAAUUAGAACAAUUAGGAGAAGGAUCUUAUGCAACUGUGUACAAAGGAUUUAGCAAUUUACAGAACCAAGUAGUAGCUCUUAAAGAAAUUAGACUGCAGGAAGAAGAGGGCGCGCCCUUCACAGCGAUACGAGAAGCAUCGUUGCUGAAAGAACUGAAACAUGCCAAUAUAGUUACUUUACACGAUAUCGUUCAUACCCGGACCACACUCACCUUUGUGUUCGAAUAUGUCCACACCGACCUCUCGCAAUACCUGGAGAGGCACAGCGGCGGCCUGGACCCCCGCAACGUUAGACUGUUCCUUUUCCAGCUCCUUCGAGGCCUUUCCUUCUGCCACAAGCGGCGGGUUCUUCACCGAGACGUGAAACCGCAGAACCUGCUCAUAAGCGAGAUUGGCGAGUUGAAACUGGCCGAUUUCGGUUUGGCACGUGCCAAAUCGGUACCAAGUCACACCUACUCCCACGAAGUCGUCACGUUGUGGUACCGACCGCCCGACGUACUGCUAGGCAGCACGGAGUACUCGACUUCCCUGGACAUGUGGGGCGUCGGAUGCAUCUUCGUCGAAAUGAUCACUGGAGUCGCCAUAUUUCCAGGGGUUCGGGACACGUACGACCAACUUCACAAAAUUUUCAAAGUGCUAGGGACGCCUGCUGAGGAGGACUGGGAAGGAGUGACGAGACUUCCAGGUUACAAAGUUCAAAAACUGACGCAAUACAAGCCUAAGAAAUUGGGACUUGUAUGGCCUAGACUUCAUGACGUUCUUCAUGGGGAAGCCAUGGCCACAUCUUUGUUACAGUUGAAUCCGAUAAACAGAUUGGGUGCAGAUGACGCUAUGGUGCACCCAUAUUUUGCUGGAUUACCAAAAAAGUUGUUGGAAUUACCUGAUGACGCUUCAAUAUUCUCAGUAGAGGGUAUUCGCCUUUAUCCGGAACCAUAUGCAACGUUGAAAUGAGAUUCGGAGAUGUUUUUUGAUAAUACACCUUAGGAAAGUCAAUCUACCAGUCAGUUAUUUUACGAUUUCGAAAAUACCGCAAUGCAAACUAUGUUUUACAUAAAUUUAUUUUUAUAUUUGUUACAUUUAUGUGGUUUAUAAUACCGAAUCUUAUUGUGACUCAAUUUCUGCCAAUAUCAUUCGCUUUCAAUUUUAUGGAAGUUACAAUGCAAAGAUUAGAGCGCGAAUAAUGCAAUAUCGUGAAAUGAGAACUCUGAUAUUUACAAUAAUUUUCAUAAAGAUCAACCAGUAGCAAUACUUAAACGAUGUUAUAAGAAUAGUUGACUAUAGUUUUAUAUAGUUAACUAUGAAGUGAAAAUGAAAGAGAAGUGAGAAUGGUAAGGACAGAUGUCAGUAUAGCAUCAGAAUUUCAGUAAAAUUUGAGAAAAUCGUUUUAUGUAAUUUAAAAUAACUUGAAAUUUAUCAUGUUUUCACAUAUAGUGCUCAAAAUUCGACGAAACGUGAAAUACAACUAAAGUAAAAUGAAUACAUCUGAUGGGAUAUCUGUAACAAGUAAAUUAUUAAAGAACUGAUUGAAGGAUAUUAAGAAAUUGAGAAUUUAUUUAAUUAUAUAUGGUUUAUACUAUCAGUUAUAGCAAGUGUUUGAUAUUUAAAACUGAAUUAAUUAAAUUAACAACAAGCUAAAUUCAUUUUCUAUUGGUUUUCUGUGAUAUGAAGAAUUUUUGAAAUUGAACACUGGUGUAUACUGUUGAGUAUAUCAUAUGAAAUAUAAGUUACCUUAUGUAAUAUACUAAUUAUUUUAAGUGAAUAUUUUGUUACUGUACAGUGCAUGUUAUUUGAAUUUUGUAAAUGCACCUAGGACAUUUUUACAAUAUACAACUUUGGUGUAUUUUUUUCUUUUUUUGAGCAAGUGAUAACAAUUGAUUUGUCACAGAACCAUUCCUUCCAUGGUGCUCAAUUACUAUAUAUAAGAAUAUUUCAAAGUCAUGUUUCUGACUGAAACAGCUUGUACAGCAAAAUAAUGAGCUUCAAUUACCCACAACACUUUCUCCUUCAAAAAACUAUGAAUUGGAUUUGUCAUGUGUUUCAUUUUACACCAAGAGAAAAUCAAUUGAGUGUAUUUUUCCUCGGAAAUAAGCUUAUUCAAAAAUUAUAAUUUUUCUUCAAAAAAUGUUAGUUCAUUACUGAAAUCAAGAAAGAAAUAAUUUUCUGAGUUGGUAUGUACAUUCUCGAUUGGAAAUGGGCUUUGGAUCAGCCAUCCGUUAUCUUUCUAAUAAAAUUACACUUCAAACAACAAUGAUAUUAAUGGAAGUCUUUAAAAUGCCUUAUAACAUAAUUUCUGGAUUGAAUAUGAAAAAAAAAACUCUUAAUGGCUAAAAUAGAUUUUAUUGGGGCUCUUCUGAUUUCAAUAGGCUACAAUUGUUUGCGAUAAGCAUGUGUGUCACAUUUUCAAGAAAAUCAACUGAUGCCUUUUCUUCAAAUCCAUCCAUUGCCUUAUUGAAAACAGGUUUUUAUGUAUGAAUGUAGUGGCAUGACUUGUAGUGGCAAGGCCAUUGUCACUAUUUGAAAGAUCACUGCAAUUCCGAUGCUCAAUUAAUCCAAAAGCACUUUCUAUUUAUGCACGUCAUAUAGGUGAAUUUAUUUUAUGUAUAUUAUGAUGAUCAUUUGAAGUUUAUCAGUAUUUCAAUUAACUUGGUAUACCAUCACAAUUUAGUGCUUGUGUUCUUUUAUUGACUGUUACUUUUUCUACACAUAACUUUCAUUAUUUUUUUAAUAUCAAUCGGACAAAUUCAAUUAUCCGUUGCUAAAAUUUCCUCAAAAAUUUGAAUUUUUUCCUUAUCAAAAAAACCUUUUUGAAGUUCAUUCUUUUGUCAAUUGCUCCAGUAGACUGAAAAUUGAAGACUGGGAAAUGUUAAGUGUAAUCGAUUGAUGAAUUACAUACAAUCCAAUUCUAAUUUUUAAUAUGGGAAAACCAGUCAGUUAUGUAUGUGUAUUGUCAGGAAAUUGUUAUGGCGAUUAAUUUGAAAUUUUUUAAAAGAUGUUAUGAAAUUCAUGAAUAGGCAGACAUCUUUUUAUAAUUGAAAACCUCAUUAAAUGACCAUUGUCAAGAGUAAAUUGCCUUGUUGGUCCAAUAUUAGAUAAAUAGCUGCAGUUCCAUAGAUUUCUAAAUUAAGCUCUUUGAGUUACUAUUAACUGCCAGUGCCAAAAAGGCAAUAGCUCAUGCUUUAGCACUAGUUAGCACAUAUUUUACACUCCUGAUACUAGCUAGUUACUUUUUUUAAAUUUAUUUAUCAAUUUUAGAACUAAUGAGAUUUGUAGGCCUAAAAUAGUUUCAAAAUUAUUCAAUCUCAAAAGUUUUAGAAGAAUAACAGUGAGGAAUAAAAUAAAUAGAACACCAUAAUCAAAAUAAAUAAUUAGGGUUUAUUCAAAAUUUGUAGCGUUCAUUAAAUUGCUUAUAAAGAACAAGAGGUGACUGCUUAUAGAAUCAUUCACAAAUUCAUCGAAUUAUACAACUAGAUACUCUUAUCGAGAUCAUUGACUGCCUUUUUCACAAAAAUUACAAAUGCUUUGCAAGAUUUUUUUUAAUACAGAGAACAGUAACAAACAUCUUUUUUAAAAAAAUGAAGAGAGCUUUUCUGUUUCUUUUUAUUAGAGCAAAGAGUAUUUUAGUGAUACAAUUUCACAGAUUUUCUAUUCUUUAAACUUCUUUGUGUAUAUAAAGAAACUGCAAAGAGAACAAGCUGAAAUAUUUUCUACUCUAACAAAACUAGAAACAUUAAAAGCUAAAAAAAUUAUCUUUAACAAAAUGUUCCACUUUUCUGCCCAAAUUUAUCAUUUCAAAUUUGAUUAUUUAUUUAUUGAAAUCAUAAAAUUCAAUUAUACUGCAACAGCCGAAGAUAAAUUGAUUUAUCCAUUCAAUUAAAUUUUUUUUCAGUAAAAACUAUUUUGGAUGUACUUGUAUCUUAGAACAAGUUGUCCGAAAUUGUUUAGAAGAUCUCCAAGAAAAUGGUAGCUAACAGUUACGUGCUUUAUUAAAUGGUAGUGUAGUAUAUAUAUUUGCAGGAAGGCACUAAUUUGAUACAGCAAUGCACCCCUCCGACAAUGACGUCCAAUGGCAUGACAUCAGCUUUUUUUAAGUUGAAAAAGAUUUUGUCAUGGUCUUAGAAAUAAUAAAAAACACAUCUUUGCUCAGCUGUUUGCACGCUUAUGGGUAAAAAUAUUUUUAUUCUUUAUGGGAGAUAAUUAAAAGAUAUGAACUUUAUUUUGAACAAAAAAAAUGAAUAUUUUAUUGUCUGUUGCAAAAAAAAAUUUGAUUGUGUCAUAUUUUUUUGUGAAAACUCAUUUUCGACCAUAUGUAAUUUAUUUUCGUUGUUUUCUCAACUACUAAUUAUUCUUUUUUAUUGUAAAUACUUAUAAAGAUCAAAAGCUAUGAAAGCAUCAAAGUUUAAAGUUGUUUUCAGAGUUUGCACUUCCACACUGAUUAUAAAUUUAAAUAAUUCAUUUCGUGAAUUGCUGAUCAUUUCUGCAAGCUCCAUUGAGUAUAUAUUGAACAUGUGAUAGAAAUGAAUUGUUAUUUUUGGUUGUUUGAUGGAAUCGGAUGUAUUUAUUGAAAGGUAAAUUAUAAAUGCCGUGAAAAAUUCUGGUGUACGUAAUUUAUGUACGAUGUUGCAUUGUAAAUAGGAAAUAGUUGUUUAUAUUAAGAUAAUUAUACGAAUUUCGAAACUAUGAAUAAAUGUCUUUGUAUAAAAUCUGUAUUAUUCAAAAGAUUAACAGGAAAUUUAGAUAAA